AUGUACCAAAAGCAGAGGGUGGUAGCCACUUGCCGGUCUGCGGAAAUAAAGAAGGAUGCGGAGGCAUAUGGUGUAAAGAUGAAAGAAGACCAGGUCAAGGAAAAUGUAUCACUUGGACUUGUCACUUACAAGAAGAUUGUACGAAGAUUGUUAUUUGCGGGGGUGGAUUACCAGGGCCUUUUUGUAUGGAAGGAUUAUGCACUUGAUAUGCUCAAGUAUCAAGAUCCAUCUCCAUCCUUGGUCAAUUUGCAAUCCUUAUUCUUCAAGGAGAAGAAAAAAGAGCAUACAAAGAAGACUGGAGUUUUUAAGAUGGAAUGA